CCCCAAAAAUCGUCAAAUUACCCAUCACUGCUACCGACUGCUACCGACAUAUAAAAUAUAAAUAUUAAAUUUACAGUGCCUAUUUACCGGUUACGUACACAUUAUUAUUGCAUGUGUUUUUCUUUAAAAAAAGUGUCAUUUUUUCUUAAAAUUUUCAGUUACACUUAUAUUGAAAGUUUAAAACCUAUUAAACCAGUAAUGGAAUUUCGAAAUAAUAAAAAAAUACACAAUCAAUAUGCAUAAAACUUGUCGCAGUUAAUACAUGUUAAUAUUCAACUAUUUGAGUGCAAUUUAAAAUAAAAAAUAAUGAAAAUGAUAAAGUUAAUUCGCCGAUAUUUUAAAUGGCUUGUUAUCAUCGGAAUGGUGUCACUGAUAUCAAUGAUUUUAAUAACUUAUUUUAUGAUCGAUGAUAAAUUAUUGAAAGGUUUAAAAAGUUCAAAAGUUACUGUCGAAAAUGAUAACCCAAUAAAACUGGAAAACCGUAUAUCAAAACUUGAAAAUGAUGUUAAUCAUAAUAAAAAAGUGCUGAAUGAGAUACAAGAAAUAUUAUUUCACAAAAAUUGAUUGAUACAAACAAAAAAUGCACCCUUAAAUAAAUUAUUUUAUCAAAAUAAUGUUAAUAAAAAUUUAACCUGUAAUCAUAAUUCCCUUAAAAUUCCAAAUGUUGAUAUACAAAUGUUAGACUUGUAUCGACAAUUAGACUUUGACAAUCCAGAUGGUGGUGUUUGGAAGCAAGGUUGGCCAAUAACAUAUGAUGAAAAGCAAUGGAAUACAACAAGAAAACUGAAUGUUUUUGUUGUACCACAUUCACAUAAUGAUCCAGGCUGGUUAGAGACAUUUGAAAAAUAUUAUGAACAUAAAACACAAAGAAUAUUGAGUAAUAUGGUUACCAAAUUAUCUUAUGACAAAAGACGUAAAUUUAUUUGGGCAGAAAUAUCAUUUUUUAAACUUUGGUGGGAUGAUCAAUCAUCAGAUACAAAAAAAUUGGUAAAACGGCUUAUUGUUGAUGGGCAAUUAGAAAUUGUUGGUGGUGGUUGGGUAAUGCCAGACGAAGCUGUCUCUCACUGGUCAGCGCAACUUACUCAAUUGACACAAGGCCAUCAAUGGCUUAAAGAAAAUCUCGAUUACAUACCAAUGUCAAGCUGGGCUAUUGAUCCUUUUGGUCUGUCUCCGACUAUGCCAUAUUUACUUAAAAAUUCUGGUGUUGAAAAUUUAAUUAUUCAACGUGUUCAUUAUAGUGUAAAAAAAUAUCUAGCCAAAGGUAAAAAUCUUGAGUUUAAAUGGCGACAAUUGUGGGAUCAUAAUGGCUCGACUGAGUUAUUAACCCAUGUUAUGCCAUUUUAUAGUUAUGAUGUGCCUCAUACAUGUGGUCCGGAUCCAAAAAUUUGUUGUCAAUUUGAUUUUUUCAGAUUACCAAAAUUUGGAUUAUCAUGUCCUUGGCGGGUUAAUCCACAAGUUAUAACUGAUAAAAAUGUUGCAAAACGCGCUGAGCUUUUACUUGAUCAGUAUAGAAAAAAAUCACAAUUAUUUAAGUCAAAUGUUGUUCUUGCACCACUUGGUGAUGAUUUUCGUUACAGUCAAAGUACUGAAUGGGAUGAACAAUAUGAUAAUUAUCAACGUUUAUUUGAUUAUAUGAAUAACAACGAUAAUCUACAUGUUAAAAUACAAUUUGGUACAUUAACUGAUUAUUUUAAUGCAAUGAAGAAUGAAUUGAAAGAUAAAGAAUUACCAAAAUUAUCUGGUGAUUUUUUUACGUAUGCUGAUCGGGAUGAUCAUUAUUGGAGUGGAUAUUACACAUCAAGACCAUAUCAUAAACAACUUGAUCGUGUACUUUUAAGUACAUUAAGAGCAUCAGAAAUACUUGCUGCAGUUGGUUGGGCAAAUGGUUAUCAUAAUUUAAUAAAAAAUAGUUUAGAAAAACGUUUAGUUGAUGCUAGACAAUUGCAUGCACUUUUUCAGCAUCACGAUGGAGUAACUGGAACAGCUAAAGAUCAUGUUGUUAUUGAUUAUGCAAAAAAAAUGAUAAAAGCACUUAAUAAUUCAAAUCAUGUAUUACAAAUAGCUGCUGCACAUUUAUUACAACAUAACAAAAAACCAUCACCAAGUUUUGGUCUUAAUGAAGAAUCAAAAUAUUUAAUUAUGGAUGAAAUGAGAUCACAUCAUACAAGUAUUGGAGAACGUCAAACAAUUAUAUUUAUUGAUAAUGCAACACCAGAAAAAAUAUUAAUUUAUAAUUCAUUACCACGAGAACGAAAAAAAGUUCAAAGUUUAAUUAUUUCGAUGCCUUUUGUUAGAGUUACGGAUAGAAAUGGACAAUCAAUUGAAUGUCAAAUAUCGCCUAUAUUUAUUAGUUCAGCUACACUAUCAGAUUCAAAAUAUGAACUAUCAUUUUUAGCUAACGUACCUGGUUUUGGUAUCACUACAUAUUUUAUUUAUCCCGUUCAAAGAAAAGCACUACCAUCAACUUCUCAUAUUGCAAAUAUACAAAUUUACAAUACUGCAAUACCACCAAAUUCUGUACCAGCAUUUGAACGAAUUCAAAUAUUACCUCAUACACAAGAAUUUUCAAUUGGCUAUAAACCAGAAUUAAUAGCAACAUUCAGUAAAUCUGGAUUUUUAAAAUCUUUAAAUAUUGCCAACACAACAUUUCCAGUUCAUUUGGAAUUUGUCAAGUAUGGUACUGUUAGUGCGCCAAGACCACAAAGUGGUGCAUAUUUAUUUUUACCAGAUAAACCAAAACCAGAUCCACUUUAUACAACAAACGAUUGGGCCAUUCAUGUUAUAACUGGACCAAUUUAUUCAAAAGUUUAUCUUGUACUUUCUCAUGUACGACAUACGUGUACAUUAUUUCAUUCAUCCGGUGCCGAUGGUCUUGGUCUUCAUAUUAUCAAUGAAGUUGAUAUAUCGAAAACAACAAAUUUUGAAUUAGCUAUGAAAUUUAAUACAGAUAUUGUAUCUAACGAUGAAUUUUUUACUGAUUUAAAUGGUUUAAAUAUGAUUAGACGACAAAGAUUUUCAAAAUUACCAAUACAGGCUAAUUAUUAUCCACUACCAGCUGCAGGUUAUAUUGAAGACAAACGAGCUAGAUUAACAAUUUUAACAGGUCAACCUUUGGGUGCAGCAUCGAUGGGCUCUGGUCAAUUCGAAAUAAUGCAAGAUCGUCGACUUAUGCAAGAUGAUGAGCGUGGUCUUGAGCAAGGUGUCACUGAUAAUUUGAACACAAAACAUAAAUUUAUAGUAAUUUUGGAGAAAAAAAAAAUGUCAUGUAAAUCAUCAGUACCAAAUAACCCAGCAGGAAUGUUAUCAGUUGGUGGACAUCUUGCUGCAGAAGAAUUGCUUCAUCCAACAAUUGUUAUGCACCCUCAUGAGUCAUCUUCAAUAGAUUUAAAUCCAUAUUUUUCACCACUAUACACUGAUCUCCCAAUUGACAUUAGUGUAAUAAGUUUUCGUGUUUUUCCACUGCCAGAUACAACUGACAAAGGUAUCGGUGUAGUGCUACAUCGACAACCAUUAGAUACAUGCUUGGGAGAAGAAUCAACAUUUAAACGUUUUAAUAUUAGUUCAACUGGUGAAAUUAAUCUUGCAAAGUUUAUCAAUAUUAGUGAACAUUGGACUAUUUCCGAAACAUCACUUACUUUUAACAGUGUUGGGUCAACUUUAAAAUCACCAAUUAUUCAAUUAUGCCCAAAUCAACUUUUAUCUGUUUUAUUUCAUCAAACACAGUCUUAGAUUUUAUUCUUAACAACUUAGUAUUUUUUUUUUAUAGUCAAAAAAACAUUUAUGACCGAAUUUCAUUUUCAUGAUGGAUUAUUUAUAAAUUAUGAUAAAAAUAUUGACUCCUAGUCUUCCAUCCAUGAAAAAUUUAUUCUAUUUAUGUGUUAUCUAAAUAUUUAUUUUAGGCAAAAAAAUUAAUGUUAUAUGAUUAUUGUCAACGCAUUUUUGAACUUUUGAAUGAAAUGAGCUGUGUUUAAAAAUGAGUAUUUUAGUUUUCGAAUUUAAUCUAAUUUAUUCAUAUAGGUAUAUAAGUACUGCACAAUAAAUUUAAUAAAUUUAUAAAA